AACCGCACAGACGCGUUACAAUUGCAGUUUCUCUUAACACGAUAUGUCCUUAUGUAAACCUCCAACCGCCCGGUUCUUGGACUAUCCCUCUUAGUGGGUGAGUGCCAUCACAUAAUCGACCAUCAUUGUCAUCAAGUACCGUGUUCCGAAGCUCGAGGACCACGCGCUUCGGCCGCCGGCGGUCGUGCGGGGAGCGAAGCGAAGCUCCGGGCCGCUCAAGACUACACGCGGCCUCAGCUGCUGCAGGCCGCCGCGGGGUCCCCACUGCGCGGUGAAGAGGCCAGACUUCGUACAGUGACAUGGCGUGGUUGGCCUCUUCGAGGGCCGUCCCACCGCGUCUUCGACCCUGACCCCCGGGCGGGGCAUGGUCGCCUGGCCUCCACCGUCGCUGGUGUACACGGUGGCCGUACUGCUGCGCGUAGGAGUCGUCGCCGCCGCCGGAGUCAUGUCUCGCCGCCGCGUGCUCCAGCAGUCCGCCGGGUCGUCGUCGGCGGCCGCUGCUGCUGUGCGUCACCAUGAGGACGUCGUCGAAGAUGCCGAUCCCGCGAUGCUUCUUCCGGAGCUGGUGGGCCACCUGCUGAACGAGGCGGUCGCCCGCGUGGACGACCAGGCCGAGGCCAUCAGGCUGGACGACGGCGUCGUCUGGAAGCCGCUCCGCGAGCCAGACCAGGUUAAGGCAGCCGGAGAGCACGUGAGCGCCCUGCCGGAACUGAAAAACGAGCCGCCGCACGUCGAAGCAGCAGCAGCCGCCGAGAACGACGUCAUCCCGUCGCGGCUCGCGUCGUCCGCGGUCCGCUCUCGGUUGCUACAGCGGGACGCCGCCGAGACCCUCACUGCAGAAGACCACGGAGCCCCGAAAGACGACGCCGCCCGUAUGGCUCAGAACCACCCGACCAGCGGCAGCAACAGCAAGGACCCCGCAAACCGUUCGGGCACUCCGAAUAGCCGAAACGGCAUUCCCCAAGAUCCGAAUCGCAACUCCAAGGACCCGACAGCGAGCCGCGCCGGGGACGAACAGCAAGGCGUCGCAGAAGGAAGCCCCCUCGAAGUCGGUUCCAAGUCGACCGUGACCAAGACGUUGGACGUUGCGGACGCGAGCGUGCAAGCCGACGUCACCGCUCCCGCCGACACAGUCGUGCAACCCUCUUCCGGUGGGAAGACGACCGCGGAGCCGCGCCAGCGCGUGCCCACGGUGGACCAGGGGGUCCAGACCGACGCGGCAGCGUCGACGUCCAAGAAGUCCUCGACGAAAGACAGGUACUCGCAGACGCUGCCCACGACGCCGACGCUGUACUCGAUGGCGACGCAGACCGACAUCCAGGAGGCGCCCUGGUACCUGUUCCGCACGUCGGUGCAGAAGAAGAAGCUGGCCGUCAUGAUAUCGGCCGUGUUCGUGCUCAUCUAUUUCAUCCUGUGCUACGGACUGGUCAGCAUGGCGCGCGAAAUGUACGCCGAGCACGUCUUCGAAGAGUUGGACUUCCUCUGAAUCGAUCGGCGAUGGAGCGCUCGAUGCCACAGGUUCGAAUAAAGACGAACGGUCACCGUCGGUAGUUUGCACGCGCCACGGAGUGCUGCAGCGCCGGCGAUGUGACAGGUCCGUGGGUUGUCGCUACAAAUUGUGUUUGCCCACAGCGAAAGCCACGAUUGUGGAACGGUUUUGCAAACACGGCUAAAAUAAAAUGGGAAUAUACAGGCAAGGAAAAGCUUAGCCU